GGUUGGUAUCGGCCCUCCCUGCUCUGGGCCCGGGGCUCCAGCGUUCUAGUCGGAGUCCGACUCUGCGCCGGCUGCGUCUCUAUUUGGUCCUCAUCCACCUCCCCCUCCUCCCCCUGCCCCUCCUCCUCUAGCCGCCGCCUCAUCCUCCUCCACCUCCUCCUCCUGCUGCCCAGCCGCUGGUCUAUGCCCCACCCCUGAGCCCGCAGCAGUCCGCGACAUGUCCACCCCGGCUCGGCGGCGCCUCAUGCGGGACUUCAAGAGGCUGCAAGAGGACCCUCCUGCCGGGGUCAGCGGAGCCCCGUCGGAGAACAACAUUAUGGUGUGGAACGCAGUCAUUUUCGGGCCCGAGGGGACCCCGUUUGAAGAUGGCACAUUUAAACUUACAAUAGAAUUCACAGAAGAAUAUCCAAACAAACCACCUACAGUAAGAUUUGUCUCUAAAAUGUUUCAUCCAAAUGUCUAUGCAGAUGGUAGUAUAUGCCUGGAUAUACUUCAGAAUCGUUGGAGUCCAACCUAUGAUGUUUCCUCCAUUUUGACAUCCAUACAGUCUUUAUUGGAUGAGCCUAAUCCCAACAGUCCAGCAAACAGCCAGGCUGCUCAGCUAUACCAGGAGAACAAGCGAGAAUAUGAAAAGCGAGUUUCGGCAAUAGUAGAACAGAGCUGGCGUGAUUGUUGACCCAGGACGAUACAAACGAACAGUCUGGUCAAAAGGAAAAAAUUCUGUCUGUCCCUUGCCUUCUUUUCCUAUUAGCAUCAUUACAUUUAUUUUGUUGAAAACAAAACAGCUGUUAUGCUGUUGCCACCCUUCCUUGCUGAAGCUUUCCUUCCUCCCUCCCCUUCUGACAUCCGAGAACACCUACUACAAAGUCAAAAUGUAUUGUACUUGGGUUACUUGUAAAAGAAUUACUAAUACUGAAUUCCUUUUCUGUGGUACUUCAUCUCCAAUUUUAGGAUAGUAUCGUACAUUAACUGUACUUUCCACUAAGCUUUUAAAAUAAUGGUUAUGCACAAGGGUACUUAUGUAGCUUGAUAACAUAUUUCUAUGCACACAUGCACAUUUAAAAAAAAAACUGAAUUGAUUAAAGUGAUGAAAAAUUAGUCCAGGCUGGUCUUAGGAGCAUGAGUUUGAAGCACUUACUCUACCUAGAGUUUUCCCACUUAGAAUGGAAAAACUUGAUUCCACGUAAAGUAAUCCAUUUAUAAAGUUGGUCUGGGCUAUUCCUGGGAGAUGGUAGGUUAAUGACAGGAAGGAAAAAUGUUAUUAAAUAGGAGCAUCACUUAAAAAAGAAAAACAAAUCCCACCCACUCACAUUUUUAGGUAUUAACUAGAGCUGUAACUGUGGUCUAGUAACUAGGUAUGACAUCGAAGGGAAGAUCUGUCGGUUUUGAGGUCGGGAGGUAAAGAAACUCCUACUCUGGUUUCUACGUUUUGGUGAGAAUGAGAGAUCCCUUAUUGACUUUGGAGGAGCGAAGCUGUCCCUACAGUUUGUUUGCUCACUCUCUCUCUUCUGAGUUUAAAUUACCCAAGGAAUGAAGUACCUCUUGGCAAAAAGCAUCUUGCUGCUUCACACUUGCCCAAUCCAGAGCUUCGUACCAAGCAGUAAGUAUGCUUUAGCCCCUUCAGAUUCAUGAGAGCCUCCCUCUUUUUGGUUCAGAGUCCAGAAACCCUUCAGGCUAAGGCUGUCUGGACUUUGUGAGAAAUGAUACAUUUAUCAGGACAGUAUGGGGCACUGCUUAUAAAUGUUCUGUUUACGUCCAUUGUCAUCUUUUGUGCAGCUCAGUCUGUUCAAGUAAUUUUGCACAAGUAGCCCAUGUAAAAAGUGUACAUUUUUCCAGAAAUUGUAAAUAAAAAGUAACCUUAAAUUUA